AUGACAAUCAUGAACGGAUUGGAAUUUCAGUGUGCUAACUCAAGCUGUUUACCAUUCGUUACUACUACUGCACCAGACAUCCUCCCAUGUCAAAUCCACUGUUUACGGCAAUCCCAAUGUAAAGCAACCACUUUUCAAGAGACAACUUGCAAAUGUCAAUUAUUUAACAACAUCGCAGAUCAAAAUAGCAACUUGCAAGCAAACAUACAGGCCACAACAAUGAUAGUCAUCUCCGGAACACGAAUUCCACUAGAAUCAACCACGCCAUCAACAACAUCAAGCUCAACAUCAACAAGUUCAACAACAACAUCAACCACAACGGAGACAAAGACGACGUCAACCUCAACUUCAACCCCAACAUCAACCACUACGACGACGUCAACCACAACAUCAGCAACAAGUACCACUACGACGACGACUACUCCACCAUGUGGUCCUGGCGUGUGUUGUAAUGCAAUUUGCCCUGCGUGUACUCAUGGCGGUGUCACCUAUUUUUGUCGACCAUAUACCAGUAGUACUCCUGGCUAUAAUAUGUAUACAAGUUUAGCUUCCUGUAAUGCGGCUGGUGGGAGCUCUUAUUACUGUGAUUAUAGUUCCAGUUGUGGGUCUGGAAGUGGCUCUCCUGGCUUUGGUUCUGGCUCCGGAUGUUAA